AUGGGAAUAUGGAGUGAGCAAGCUCACAAAGACUUGGUCUCCAUAUUAAAGCUAAGAUAUAAAGAACUCGCCCCUUUAGGUCGGCUAAUAUAGUACCCCCCCUUCGUUUGUCGCAUUUUCUAGUUUUUUGCCAUUUGUCGCAUUUUCUAGUUUUUUUUUAUAAGAGAAAAAAAAAUUUUUCAGGACCUCAUUUGUCGCAUUUUCUAGUUUUUUUUUAAGCCAAAAAAAAAUCGGUUCAGGACCUCGCUUGUCGCAUUUUCUAGUUUUUUUUUUCUCUCUAUAAAUUCCUAAAAAUUAAAAUUCGUCAAGGGAUCAGUUAGUGAAAUUUCAUCAUUUCUUCCUUCAAAAUCCUUGCUCCCAUUCCUCAAUCCCCACAGCUUGCUUCCCAUUACCUGCUCCCAUUGCUUAAGCCUCACCACUUUGCCAUUCACCAUUCUUAUUCCCCUAUCUUCAUGCCUAUUUCCUUAUUUGAUAGCUUAAUUUCUAGUCUUCCAUAUUAAUUAAUGGAGUUGCGCGAAAUUUGAGGACCAGCCGAUAAAAAUCCCGGCAAUGAUUCAAAGCAUGGCCUAUGGAGAGAGGCUCAAUGCAAAGCAGAUCCAAGAGCGUCUUGCUGCUUGUGGCAAGGACAUGAGCCUGACGACGAUCAGGCACUACACCAACAAGUUCAAUCCUGAAGAGCACACUUUAGAGCUCAGGCGAAGCUUGUGGACCAUGGACUAUCGCCUCCUCCUAAGAAAAUGGAAUGAUGGAGAGAGCAUAGUCAAGAGGAUCAUUGACGUAGGUUUCUUUUAAAAACGAAGAACUUGCGACAAUCUUGGGGACUUCUAAACGGACUAUUGAGCGAAUUGCUGCAGAGAAUACUGAGAGUGAAUCUGACGAAGCGGCUGGAAGAGAAGAGGCACUAUCCAGAUCUCCCCUAAAGCAUUGAAGUGAUGAAGACUUUGCUGAGGUCAUUAAGCAAUGUGAGAAGGAUACAGGCUUUGUCAGCAAGGCAAGUUUGAGGGCCCAAUUCAAAAGAAAGACAGUUGACAUCAGCGAAGAACAGCUAGGAAAAGAGCUGAAGAAGAGGGGAUAUGUCUAUAGGAAGAAGAGGGUUGUUCUACAGCUAACUGAAGCUCAUAAAGAGCAGAGAAUGUCCUGGGCUAGGUCUUUGAUUGACUCAGAUAUCGCUUCAUGGAUCUUCAGUGAUGAGUGCUAUGUGCAUCUCUUUCGUAACUCUAAUUUGUCGUGGUGCAAAGAAGGGAUAAACGCAACGAUUGAAGAGCCUAUCAAUUGAAAAACCUCAAUUAUGAUCUGGGGAGGAAUUUCUAUCGUUUUUAGCAAAAUGCUCUUCAUAAAGAAGGAGAAGUAUGCAAAUCAAUGCCCAGGUCUAUAUCAGAGACAUUCUCCAGGGCUAUAUUGAGCCUUUAGAUGGAGACUACACCUUCGUUCAGGAUGGGGUAACACAGCCCAUACUGCAAGGCAGACUAUGGGAAUAUUGCAGAGAAAACGGGAUUGAUGUGAAGACUCAAUCGCCGAAGAGCCCAGAUCUCAAUCCAAUUGAGAUGAUCUGGGCCAAUUUGAAGAGGAAAGUGGAGAAAAGAAGGCCUGACAGUAAAGCCAGACUAAUUGCUGCCAUUCAGGAGUCAUGGGACGAAAUUUCUUUUGAGGAAGUGCAAAAUUCCAUUCUUAAGGUGAAAAAUGAAAGAGCAAGGCAGGUCAUUGAAGCGCAAGGAGAAUGGAGCUAAUAAGCUAGCUAAUUUAAUCUAUUCUCUAAAAAGGGGAGAUUAAAGUGGGAAGGACUCGGGCCUGCUAACCCUCUGCAGGCAAAUGUAAGGUAGAAACUAUUUUUUAAAAAACUAAGAUUUGCGACAUCAAAAAAAAAUUAAAAAAAACUAGAAAUUGCGACAAAUGUAUUUGCACUAGAAAAUGCGACAAACGAGGUCCUGUAAAUUUUUUUUUCCCUUAAAAAAAACUAGAAAAUGCGACAAACGAGGGGGGGGGUACUAUACUUCAAUUUGCUGAUAGAACUCACGAAAGCUUGAUCAGUAACAUUUGGCAAGAAGCCAGUGAAAACAUGUUUUCUAAAGGAAUUAUAGAUAACCUAUAAACUUAAUUUCUGAUUACAAUGAUCGAGCUCACCUGAGGACAUCACCAGGUGACGACUCAGAUACUUUGCUGCAGACUAGCUGUACAGUUCACAUCCUCCAGGUUCUAGAGUCCCCAUACAUUUACUCCGUACUAUGUGGACGGCCUUUGCCGUUAGAAUACAUAAUUUUGGACUCACUGACUAUUUGCUUCGUCUCAGCUUUAACUGAUCUGCUUCAGCUACUUUGCCUUAACCUUUCAGGAAACUUAUGGCCCGGUGCUGCAGUAGGCAAAAAACUUCUUUUAUCGCUAGGUCUAAAGGAAUUAUCAAUGAAGAGGAAAAAAGGGAUUUAACAAUUCCUAUGUAUAGGAGAAGCGCUGAAGAAAUACAGAGAGCUUUAGACGAGAUGCAUGAUUAUUUUAGGGUGUUAGAAUCAAAAAGUGUGGACAUGCCAAGGUCUCCAGGCAGAGCUUCAAGACAAUAUAUUGAGCAUAUAAAAAAAUUUGCGGCGGUUAGCAUGAAAACUCCUCUUGAAAGAGCAAUUAAGACAGGUCAAGCAGAAGUUGACAGGUUUUUGGGUUUGCAGAAAAAGAAAUUGAAGAUAUUGUAG